ACCAAACCCGUAUUCAUCAUGACGUAUAUCGGAGGUACAAUACACAGCUAGGUGAAUCUCUGGAGACAGUUCGGCGCGUUUGUUAAACCUGCCUUCACAUUUGGGUCCAUUGGAGGAGAGGUACGCCCGGGCCUCCAGCAACGACUUAUAAGGCCUUCCCCUCCCAACAAACGCCUUCCCCUCCUUCCGCAACCACCACCGUUACUUCUUUUUCGAAUCCAUAAUCAAUCUCUAUCACCAUGAGCAUCCUCUUCGCCACCAAGGUGGUAGUGGGGCCUCACGGCCUCACAAUGGGCAGCCUCAAGGCUCCCAUGGGCGAGGGAUCUCGCCGUGAGACCGAGAAGGUGCUCCUUUCGGAGCCCGGGACUGGCCUCGAGGAUGAGGCUCAAGAGGCGCUCAGCGCCAUGGAGAACCGCCUCCGCGCCGCCCUCUUUGGCUGCGGUGCCGACUCCCCCACCCCCCUCCGUCCGAGGCCAAUUGAGCUGGACGCCGACGUCGUCGCAAUUGAGCUGGCAAAACAAGGCUUCGACUUCGAUUACGCGCGCACUUGGGCUGCCGAAAGGAUCCACAUGCUUUGGGCGGACUUCACUGCCGAAUAUCAGGCCAAGUGGGAGGCAGAGAAAGCCGCAUACGUCGCCAAGUGUGAAGAAGAGCUCAAGAAGGCCAUGUCAGUGACGGUGGAGCAGUACAAGAGACGCAGAAUCAUUGUUACGAAUAUCGCGGCUGAUGCCGAUUGGGAGGACGUGAGGCGUGCGUUCGAACCGUACGGAUUUUGCACUGUUCAAAUGAAGGAAGCUCGCCACCCGAAGAAUGGCACUCAGGCCGCCUCGAUCCAGUUCGAAAGCGAGGAAUUGGCGCUCCACAUCGCUCAGAAUGCCCGCCUGUAUAUCUUCGGUUUGGGUAUCCGCAUGUACUAUGCUCCCGACGUCGACUACACUCGCGACAUCUUCGAUCUGCCAGCUUGAAUGAUCACUAG